AUGCCGCGCGGCUUCCUCGUCAAGCGCAGCCGGAGACCCGGCGGCUCCUACCGGGCACGCCCGCGGGAGCGGCACCCUGACCGGGACCCUCCGCCCACCCCGCCGCCGCCCCCGCCGCCCGCCGGCGGGGACAGCCCCGCCGCUAGACAGGGAGCGGAGGAGAAGGGCGAGGAGGAGGAGGGAGCCGUCGCCGCUUGCCCCGCAACGUGGCCCGCCGGCGGCGGCUGCGGCGGCCCCGGGCUCACCCCGCCGGAGGCUCCGGCCGCCUGGGGGGCGACGGGGCCGUGCAGCGCAGCGGGGCCGCGGGCGGCUCUCUUCGAGCGGUGCCUCAGCUCCCCCGCCUCCGCCGAGUCCUUUCCCCUGGCCGCCUCCUUCCCGCCCGCCGAGAAGCUGCUGCUGCAGCCGCGCACGCCGCUGCCAGCCCCGCCGCUGCCGUCGGUGCCCGCGCUGAAGCGGCCGUCCCGGCCCAAGGCGCCGGCCAAGAAGGGCAAGGCCACGCGGAAGCUGAGCUUCGCCGACGAGGUGACCACCUCUCCCGUGCUGGGGCUGCGCAUCAAAGAGGAGGGACCGGAGUGCCGGACGGGGCCGCCGACGGGGCGCACGCCGCUGGGCGAGUUCAUCUGCCAGCUGUGCAAAGAGCAGUACGCGGACCCGCUGGCGCUGGCCCAGCACCGCUGCUCCCGCAUCGUGCGCGUCGAGUACCGCUGCCCCGAGUGUCACAAGAUCUUCAGCUGUCCCGCCAACCUGGCCUCGCACCGCCGCUGGCACAAGCCGCGUCCCGGCCCCAGCGCCGAAGGCGCCGCCUCCGCCCCGCCGGGCAAGGAGAACAGCCCCGAGCGGCGGCCCCGCGGCCCCGCCGCGCCCCAGCCACCGCCGGGGACCCGUCAGCACCGCGGCGGCGUGGACAGCGCCGGCGGCGCCCCGGCCGUCCCCGGCUCCAGCCCCGGCCCGGCUCACGGCGGCGCUCCCGGUCCGGGCGGCGGCUCCGGCGGGGAGGCGUUCGCCUGCCCCUGCUGCCAAAAGCGGUUCCGGCGGCAGGCUUACCUCCGCAAGCACCUGGGUACCCACGGGGCAGCGCGGCCUGCCGCCUUCGGCCCGCCGGAGCGCGGGCCCCUCACCUUCGCCUGCCACCUCUGCGGCGCUCGCUUCCCCUCGGCGGACAUCAGGGACAAGCACCGGCUGUGGCACGCCGUGAGGGAGGAGCUGCUGUUGCCGCCGCCGCCGCCGCCCGCCGGGGUCCCCGAGAGCGGCACGGCGGGCGGCGAGCGGCAGGGCUUCCCCUGCAAACACUGCCCCGCCACCUUCUUCAGCGCGCCCGGGCUGGCGCGACACGCCAGCAAGUGCCACCCGCCGGAGAGCAGACAGGUCCUGCUGCUCCAGGUGCCCGUCCGGCCGGGCUGCUAG